AGUGAGGGUGAGAGAUGCCACCCCCAUGGUGUGAUCACCAGCUCCCAUCACCCCCCAUCCCCUGGGCAUCCCCAGUAACCCCCAUCCCUGUCCCUCCCUCCCUCAGCCGUGCCAUGGCGGCCGUGCCAGCGCCGGUGCCCGUGUCCGUGUCGGUGUCACCACGGGUGUCCCUGGCCGACCAGCCCGUGCAGUUGAUGGCACAGGGGCUGUGCCCAGGGCAGCUGGUGACUCUGAGGGCCUGGCUGAAGGAUGAGCAGGGUGAAUGCUUCCAAGCUCGGGCUUUCUUCCAUGCCAACGCCGCCGGCAAGGUGGAGCCCAGCCACCAACCCGCCCUGGGCGGCAGCUACUCCGGCCUCUGCCCCAUGGGGCUGCUCUGGUUCCUGCAGCCAGACACCCUCUUCCGAAGGCUGCUCAAGAGGGAUGUGACCAGCAGCCCCUUUGUGCUGCAUCUGGAGGUGUUUGAUGGGCUCCAGCUGCUGCCCCAGCCCCAGGAACAGCCCUUGGCCUCGUGCGAGGCUGAGCGCUGGUACGUGGCGCCGGGCGUGCGGCGGGUGCCCGUCAGGGAGGGCAGAGUCCGAGGGGCCCUCUACAUCCCACCCGGCCCAGGCCCCUUCCCGGGGGUGAUCGACCUGUUUGGGGGCGCGGGUGGUCUCAUCGAGUUCCGCGCGGGGCUCUUGGCCAGCCGGGGCUUUGCCGUGCUGGCUUUGGCCUUCUUCAACUACCAGGACCUGCCCCCAACCCUGGCCCAGCUCGACCUCGAGUACUUUGAGGAGGCAGCUGAGCUGCUCCUCCAGCAGCCCCAGGUGCGAGGCCCCGGCCUGGGCGUCAUUGGCGUCUCCAAGGGCGCAGAGGUGGCCUUGGCCAUGGCCUCCUUCCUCCCUCAGGUGCUGGCCACGGUGUGGAUCAACGGCACGGCCUCCCUGCACGGCAACCCGCUGCUCUACAGGGGCCUGCACGUGCCGGCCAUCCCGUACCGCAGCGAGAGGAUCCUGCUCACCGCCACGGGGGCCAUGGACAACUCGGCCGUGUUCGGCGACCCCCGCGAGCCCCAGCACCAGGCCUCGGCCAUCCCCACCCACAACGUCAGGGGCAAGGUCCUGUUUGUGGUGGGGGAGGCCGACAGGAGCCUCAACAGCAAGCUCUUUGCCUGCUUGGCCAUGGCACGGAUGCCCCCAGGGAGCUGCCAGCUCCUGUCCUACCCGGGGGCCGGGCAUUUGAUUGAGCCCCCCGGGUCUCCCCUCUGCAGCAUGUCGGCCAUCAGGGGCAGCCCCCGGCCCCUGCUGUGGGGAGGGGAAGCCAAACCCCACGCCGAGGCCCAGGAGCACUCCUGGAGGGAGAUGAUUCGCUUCUUGGAGCUUCACUUGGGCCCCGUUGCCAGGGUGAAGCUGUGA